UUUAGUAUUGCCAUUUUAAAAAUUAUUUGAAAAUAUUAUCACAAUAAAAAAUGUUUUUGACAGCUCUAGUCUUUUUCCGGUACGCAAGGUCGUCUAAUCACAAAAAACCAUGGCUGAUGUCGAAGUUGAGGUACCCGCGAACCCCGUCCUGAGCGGAGGUGCGAUGGACGUGAACACAGCCCUCCAAGAGGUGCUGAAGACGGCCCUCAUCCACGGAGGUCUCGUACACGGACUCCACGAGGCUGCCAAGGCCCUUGACAAGAGGCAAGCUGUCCUCUGCGUACUGGCUGAGAACUGCGACGAGGCUGCAUACAAGAAGCUCGUCCAGGCUCUCUGCAAUGAGCACCAGAUCCCCCUCGUGAAGGUGGACAACAACAAGAAACUCGGUGAAUGGGCUGGUCUCUGCAAAAUCGACAAGGACGGCAAGGCUAGGAAGAUCGUUGGCUGCUCCUGUGUAGUGAUCAAGGACUUCGGUGAAGAGACGCCAGCGUUGGACGUGCUCAAAGACUACCUUAAGUCUUCAAGCUAAUUUCACCUAGUGCAUAAGUUAAAUAAUAAAAAUACAAAAAAAUA